CGGAUGGAGCCGGGUCCGGCGUUCGACAUGUGGAGGGACUACCUGGGGCUGAGCGCCAUGCUGGUGUCACCGUCACCGCCACCGGAGCCCGACCACGCCGGCAACGAGCCGCCGGCACCCGAGCAAGCGGAUCCGGUGCCGGCGCCGUCCGGCAAAGCCGCGUGCGCCUUCUGCAAGCACAACGGCGAGGCGCGGCAGGUGUACGGCGGGCACAGCCUGCGCGACGCCGGCGGCCGAGUCCUGUGCCCGGUCCUGCGCAGCUACGUCUGCCCCCAGUGCGGCGCCACCCAGGACCGGGCGCACACCAAACGCUUCUGCCCGCUCACCCGCCGCGGUUACACCUCGGUGUACACCCACCCGCUGCGCGGCGGCGCCGGGAAACGGGCGAGCGGCGACGCCGAGAAGUAGCCGGGGGCACAACGGGGCCGGCGGCACCGCAGGCCCCCCCCGAGGAUGAAGCCCCGGGACGGCGCGUUCCACCGCGAUGUGUCCGCGGUUCCUCUCCCCAACUGGUCACACUGGGCGGCGCUUUGGUGGGAGCCAAGAAACCAGCGGAAACCCCGGCAAGGGCGGUUUCACCGGCACCUCCGUGCCGAGGACGUUGGCGGUUGGGUUCGGUUUCAGGUUUUGGGGCAGUUUGUUGGUUUUUGCUCAGCCCGGUGGGUGCUGAGGGCGGCGCCGGCUGGUGACCCACACGGUGCCGGUGCCCCGGUUGUCACUGCGCGGCGCUGGUCACCGGCAGCGCUGGUUUGUUCGUUAACCGUUAUGUCACUGUUCUGGGUUGGAGGGUGUUUAUUUUGCCCUGUUUUCCGGCAAAACCACCGAUUUACGGCAAUAAAUGGUUGAGUUGCA